ACCUGAUAAUCAAAAAGGCCCAAACUGAAGACUUCUUACAACUAUUUCUUCUUCUUCUCUCAAGAAAGAAAAAGGAUACUACUCAUACAAAUUCUCAGAAAACCAAAAUUUGCAUUUUCAGGAUACGUGGGUGAACUGCUAAUGGGAGAACACUUGGCUCUGUGUGUUGAUCGUCUUAUCACACCUGAAUCUUUGCACACUAUGCAAGGGUCAGAGAAUGCAGGAUCCUCUGGGGGAAAUUCUUGCUCUCACCCAGCAGAUCAAUCUUCCUAUGGCACUGCUAAUAAGGAGGAUGAAGAACCAGAAGCUGGUGGUGAAGAUGAGCCAUUACUUCAGACUGUGGAAUGCCGAAUUUGCCAGGAAGAAGAUAGCCCGAAGAAUUUGGAGAUUCCUUGUAGCUGCAAUGGCAGCUUAAAGUAUGCUCAUAGGAAAUGCGUUCAGCGGUGGUGCAAUGAGAAGGGUGAUAUAAUUUGCGAGAUUUGCCAUCAGCCUUACCAACCUGGCUAUACUGCUCCUCCACCGCCUUCUCAUUCCGAAGAUAUUGCCAUUGACAUGAGUGGGGGCUGGACAGUAGCUGGUACUCAGCUCAACGUACAUGAUCCUCGGCUUCUUGCAAUGGCAGCUGCAGAACGCCAUCUCUUGGAGGCUGACUAUGAUGAAUAUGCUGAUUCAAGUGCUAGUGGAGCUGCAUUUUGCCGUUCUGCUGCUUUAAUCUUAAUGGCCCUUUUAUUAUUGAGGCAUGCUGUGACCAUCGGAAAUGGUGAUGGGGAUGAUGAUGAUGUUUCUGCCUUUUUCUCGCUUUUCUUACUCCGUGCUGCUGGUUUUCUUCUACCUUGCUACAUCAUGGCUUGGGCUAUCAGUAUCAUGCAGCGUCGAAGGCAAAGACAGGAGGCAGCAGCACUAGCGGCAGCAGAAGUUGCUUUCAUGCUGCAAGCAGGGCAACAUAGGGGCUUGCAUGUAACAAUAGCACCAGGACCUGCACAGGCAGCAGAACCUUCAGCAAACCCAACUACCCAUGUUGCAACACCAACUGGCCAGGUCACAGCUCCUCCUCCGGAGCUAGUAUAAAUGGCUUUGCUCAGCUGGCAUGUUAAAACGUUGUUACUGAUAAUGGCACUGUACUUUGUAAGUUGCACAAGCUAGGAGAAUAGAGGUUCUUUUUUCCUUUCGAUGUAUUAGUUGUAUAUCUUAGCCCUGGCAAAUUUGGAGUGAUGCAGAGGCUGAAAUUGUUCCCUUUUGUUCAAUAUUUACAUUAGUGCUUGAACUUGUAAAAAAACCAUAGCAGCUAACUUAUCUGCUUUGAAUUUGAAGAUACCAUAUCUUCACAUCAUGUACAUUGUUUAUUCUUAUCGAUAUGGUUUACUGUUCCAUCCCA